GUAAACCUGCAAAUAUACCAGUAAUACUAGAAUCUCUUCAAGUUCUCUCGGCAAUAGCAUUCCACCAUUUACAAGAGCUACUUCACCCUCAUAUGCUUUUACUUGGAGACGUCCUCUGUGAGAUGUUGCAGCACGAGCACCAAGACGUGGUUGUGCACGCAGCCAAGACGGUCAGCGUAAUUGGUGAUGCCGUCCAGAAAUUAGAGCAAACGGAUCAAGCUCCACCCUUGACCCACUGCGUGCAAAUGUGGGAGAAACUGAUAACUCCAUUAUCGAACGUGCUGCAAUCGAACGAGAAUUCCCCGGCGAAGGCGGUCGCUUGCGAUUGUAUAGCGAACAUCGGGGAGAAAUCCUUCAAGGAGUUGCCGAGACGUUUUCAACUGCUGUGCUGCGCUUUACUGGUGGGAUCGUGCAGCGACGAAGAGGCGUCGGUCCGAGCCGCGGCAGUACGCGCCUUGGCCAUGGCGGUUAUGUUCAAGACAUUAAGAGAGGACAUACACUUCGUAAGCGACUGCGGCGAGAACAUUCUCAGGGCGUUGGCGGAGCCGACUCUAGUGGUCAGAGCGAAGGCAGCUUGGGCUUUGGGUAAUCUAAGUGAUGCUCUCGUGCUAAACUUGCACGAACCGGAUGCUGACGAAGUCGACGAUGACCUGCUGGUCCGGCUGCUCGAGGUCAGCAUACAUUGCGCCGUAGAUAAUGAUAAGGUCAAGCAGAGUGCGACACGUGCCCUUGGAAACCUCUUACGUUUGAUAAAGAGUGAUAAUUUACAUCGGAAUCCGCAACUAAAGACCUUAUGCGAAGUAGCAAUAGGGAAGCUAUUGGACUGCGCUUGCAAGGUCGCGAACAUGAAGGUCCGCUGGAAUGCUUGUUACGCGCUGGGGAAUGCAAUGAAGAACGAGAAUCUCUUCACCUGUUUCAAUGGAUGGCAGAGUGAGGUGUUCUCGAAUCUAUGUAAACUAACAAAAGAGUGCAAGAAUCUCAAGGUUCGUAUAAACGCGGCGGUCGCGUUACGGGCACCGCGCUCGCGAAUAUCGUACGCGGCGAACUUCGCGCCGAUUUGGCGAGGAGUCAUGGCCGCCAUGGAGAACGCUGUUAACGUCGACGAUUUCACUGAAUACAAACACAAAGAUAACCUUGUUGAACAGCUCUGCGUGACACUAGCUCACUUGUGUUGCCAGCUCACGCCAUCGGACCUAACCGAUAUCUUAGAUCACCUGGUGUUUCACUACGACUGCGCUAAAGCAGUCUUCACGCAGGUCUUUCAGCGUUUACCGCCGGAGAACGCUUCGUGCCUCCGCAUACUGCAAGCCGCUAAAUAUGUCACCGUUGAUCUAGUCGCUUCGAAUGACGCGCAAUCACAGUCAUUGAGUUUACUACAAGAUAUAUUUAUAUUCGAUUUUUGAUUUAAUCGAAAGUUUAUUUAUUUCUUACACUGUAAGGAAAGGUAGAUUGGUGUGGAUGACGCGUCUCGCUUUUAGGGAAACCGAUCGAACACUAAUCUACAGUAAUAUCUGCGUUUAAUCUAUACUAAUAUAUAAAUCUACAGUGGUUUUUACGGAUGUUCCGUUAUGACUACUGAACCAUGCAUCCGAUUGACUUGAAACUUGGUAU